UGGUCGAGAACCACGCGCUCCUCGACGCCAUCGACGACCUCUCGGCCAAGGCCUAGGACGAGGCGCGCAACCUGCUCAGCUCCAAGCACCUCUUCUUCCGCGAGAUGUGCGCCUACCACAACGGCGGCGGGUCGCACGCGCCGCCGCACGCUGCGGCGGGAGGCGACGCCGCCUGCCUCCACCACCCGCCGCCGGCGCCCGCGGCCUCGUCUGCCGCUCGCCACGUGCAGUUGCAGCACCAGGCGGCCCCGUCCCCGCCGGGGAUGAAGGACUCCUCCGCGGACGACGACGACGACGAGGACUACGACAACGAGGACGAGGACGGCCACGUGUACCACCGCGCCCACCACCACCAGCAGCAGCACAACAGCGGCCGGCUAGGCAAGCGUGGGCGCGGCGAGGACAGCGGCGCGACGGAGGACAACGCCGGCGGGAAGCGUGUGCGGGCGGUUGUGUCGGUCGAGCAGUCGGCGGUGGUGCAGCAGCUGAAGGGCGAGCUCGCGGCCGCGACGGCGGACCCGCACGGUGCUGGGUGCGGCGGCCCGGUGCUGGCUGGCGUUGGCCGCGGGGCGUCGGCUCCAGAGAUGGAGGAAACGGGAGUAAGGAAAUGGGAGUAA